CUGAGGAAACGGGGUCUUCGCCUUCCGGGACCACCGCGGCUGUUCAGGGUGCCGAGCUGCGGGUGUGCGGCAUCCCGGGACAGCGAGUUCCCCGGGAGGAAGAAGGGUAACAGGUGAAACCCUCACGGUCCCGGCUGCGGGGAGGAGGAGGCUUCCUGAGGGGCGAAGGCCCGCGCGGCGCCCGCCGCGGCUCGCGGGCCCGGACGAGCUGGCUCCGGGAGCGUCGCCCGCAGCGCCCCCGACCCCGAGCUUCGGGCCGUGCGAUUGCUCCGGAGGGCUUUCCCGUCCUGAUGACCUCGGGGCGCGGGAGCGGUGAAGACAGCCGUGCCUGUAGAGAGCCAUUGGAAGGACGAACUUUAUUACCCUUUGGGACUGAAUUUGCCCCCGUGGUGAUAUAGGAUCCUAAGCCUGGCUGUGAUCAUUAUGAUGGAGCAAGGAAAAGAAUUGUUGGUCUCAGAUUCUAAAGGCAUCAUGAAGAGGGAGAGUUUGAAAAGCCCCUUUACAGGAGAUGAAAGUAAGAAUAUUUUUGAAACUGUUCAACACUAUAAUCAUAAAACAGAUAAACUUAAAGAGGGAGCUUCAAAAUGGUCUCAAAGAUGUGGCCCACAAAAUUCUAAGCAUGAGAAUACAGAAGAACUACUGUUGACAUUGUCCCAAGAAGAUGAGAUUUUGGCUCCAGUUUCCUCUGAGAAUGGUGGACUGUCCAAGAUUUGGGGAAAUUCUACAGGGAAAGAGGAGAAGCAGCCCAUCUAUGGGGUAGGGGACUCAGGAGAACAUGCCAAUGCCUCUCUCCAGCAAGAUGACAAACCUUAUAAAUGUUUCCAGUGUUGGAAAAGUUUCAGGAAUAGUUCUCAUUUGCGUAUGCAUCAGAGGACCCACUCAGGAGAAAAGCCUUAUAAGUGCUCUGAAUGUGGGAAAUGCUUUUGUAACAGUUCACAUCUGAUUCAGCAUCUGAGAACACACACAGGGGAAAAGCCUUACCAGUGUGGAACAUGUAAGAAAAGCUUCAGCAAUACCUCCCAUCUUAUUAUUCAUGAAAGAACUCACACAGGAGAGAAACCCUAUAAAUGUCCUGAGUGUGGGAAGAGUUUCAGUAGCAGUUCUCACCUUAUUCAGCAUCACAGGUCACAUACAGGGGAAAAGCCAUAUGAGUGUCCUGUCUGUGGAAAAGGCUUUAGUUAUAGCUAUGUUCUAGUAGAACAUCAGAGGACUCACACUGGAGAAAAACCCUAUGAAUGUCCAGAUUGUGGGAGCAGUUUUAGUCAGAGUUCCAGCCUAAUUCGCCACCAGCGGACACAUACAGGUGAGAAACCCUACAAAUGUCUGGAAUGUGGAAGAAGCUUUGGUUAUAAUUCGACUCUAAUAAAACAUCGGAGAAUCCAUACAGGAGAAAAAUCCUAUCACUGCCCAGACUGUGGGAAGAAUUUUAGUCGAAGUUCAAAUCUUACAACACACCAGGAAACACACACAAGAGAAAAAUCCUGUGGAGGUUCUGAAAAAGGAGAAAGUUUGCAUCAGAACUGCAGCAUGAUAGAAGAGUGCAGAGGACAGAAGCCGUAUAAAUGCUGUGAAUGUGGGAAGAGUUUUGGCCUUAGCACCCAUCUCAUUAGACAUCAGAGGACACAUACAGGAGAAAAACCUUACAGAUGUUCUCUUUGUUGGAAAACUUUUAGUCAGAGUUCUGCCCUGGUGAUUCACCGGAGGACCCACACAGGAGAGAAACCUUAUAAAUGUCCUGAUUGUGGUGAGUGCUUUAGUCAAAGCUUUAACCUUAACAGGCACCGGAGGAUCCACAAAGGAGAAAAACCUUACAAAUGUGUUGACUGUGAGAAAUGCUACACCAGAAGUGCCUAUCUCACUCAGCAUCGGAAAAUUCACGUAGUAAAGUCUUUUGAGUCUCCUGAAGUGGUAGGUUUUCCUCAUGAACUGACUUGGAAAAGCUGUACAGGGGAAAUGGCCCACAUACCUUCAUUCUCAAUCUCAAAUCCACCUUCCUGAGUUCCAGAGCCUGCGGGUUCUCGUUUUGUUUUCUUUUCCUUCAAUGAACCAUUCAGUUAAGGUUCAUUAAACAUGUCUAACGAUUGCGGUCUAAAGUUGUAUUUGGUGUGUUUGCCAAAAAAGGUAAAUCUCUCAGGCCACUAGGUUAUCAGACCUGUCUAGUGAGAGGCACUGCCAGUGAUGGAAAUGAAGAGAAUUUUUGUUUGAAACUUAAGAAUAGCUCCAAAGGAAGAGAUGAAGAGUAGCCCUGGGAGCAAACAAAAGGCCAUUAACUCGAAUCUAGGAGUGCCAAUGGAUUACUUUUUUGUUCUUACCUCAUUGAGUCAAGAUGAAUACUGGCUUCAAGUCUUUGCCCAGUAAAAUCUCUUUUCAAACUAACAAUGUGAUUUUGUGUCUGUUUUAUUGAACCUUAAGAAAGGAAGAAUUUUUUUAAGAAAACAUUUUUAUUUGCUGAAAAUUAAGUUUUGUAGCAUCUAGAACUGUACUGUCUAUUAUUGUGGCCUUUAGCCAUAUUUGGCUAUUUAAACAAUAAUUAAUAAAAUUUAAAAUAUAGUUCCUUAGUUGCACUAGCCACUUACUAAGUACUUAGCAGCCGUAUGUGAUUACUGGUCUUACUAUACUGGAUAUCGUCAUAGAAAGUUCUUUGAAGAACUUUCAGGAAUGUGCUUUGGUCUGUUCUCCAAAAGAAAUUGCAAUUGACUAGAAAUGAGACUGAGUUUUUACAGUACUAGGACAGGAUUGAGUAUUUUAGUGAUUGUAUGUUUGUGUUAAACCAGUAGUGUUAUCUAGUGAUGACCUCCCUGUCUUGAGCAAAGACAGAAUAGUAGGUAGGAUACUGUGUUUGACCCUUUAGUUUUUUUCCCCCCGCUUUGGUACCAGGAUUGAACUCAGGACCCUGCGCUUGCCAGG